AUGGGCAACCUCUGUGAAUGCCGCGGUAAGGCCGGAGGCCGCUGCUCUGAUGUGCAGCCGGAUAAGGACAAGCCGCUGCAGCAAGUCACUGAAGAUGACUUAGAUAGCAAUGAAGAAGACGACGACGUCGUAGACGAGCUUCCCAUGCCAAGCGCAACGGUGCAAGCGAAGAACCGCCAGUCCGUUAGUGCCGAGGCGUACGGAGAAUGGAACAAGAAAACCAACUUUGUUCCACCUGUCUACGAGAAGACCCCGGAAGCAAAGCAGCGGAUUCAGAAAAUCGUCGACAAUUCAUUUCUGUUUAGUUCGUUGGAUUAUGAGGAUAUCGACGUAGUUUUAGGGGCUUUUAAAGAGGUGUCAGUGAAGAAGGGAGAAACGUUGAUCCAGCAAGGCGCUGACGGCGACAAGUUAUACCUGAUUGAGUCGGGAGAGGCUGAAGUGUUCAAAGAGAUCACAAAUGAGACCACUCAGCAGAAACAAACGCUGAAAGUCAACACAAUGAAGGAGGGGGACACCGUUGGGGAGCUGGCCCUAAUGUAUAAUGCCCCGAGGGCAGCUACUGUCAUUGCUGCAACUGAUCUUAAGCUGUGGUCUCUAGAUAGAGAGACUUUUAGCCACAUCGUUCGAGACGCAGCAGCGAAAAAUAGGGAGAUGUAUGAAGAUAGCCUCAAAGAGGUUGAACUACUGAAGGACGUAGACCCAUAUGAGCGUAGCAAAGUUGCAGAUGCCUUAAAGACGCAACUGUUUCAGGCAGGAGAUGAGAUAAUUCGUGAGGGGCAAGAAGGCGACACCUUCUACUUAUUGCUGGAUGGGGAAGCAGAGGCAAUUAAGGGAGGUAAGGUGGUCAUGGAAUACAAGAGGGGAGGCUAUUUCGGCGAGCUCGCAUUACUCAAAAAUCAACCGAGAGCUGCAACUGUGAAGGCGAAGACCAACUGCAAAGUCGCGUACAUGGAUAGAAGGAGCUUCAAGCGACUACUUGGUCCGCUUGAAGCCCUGCUAAUGAGAAAUAUGGAUCACUACAGGGCAGUUAUGAAACAGUUGGGGUUGGACACUCAGUAUCUCGACAAAUAA